AUGCCUAAGAGAAGCAAGCUGCUCCAGGCUCUUGAUGAGCACAAGGGGAGGGAUUAUGACGCCGAAAAACAGAAAAAGCUGCUGAAGGCUGCGAAGAAGAGAAAGGGUGUGACGGGCGAAGAGGAGGAACCGGCGAAAAAUAAGAAAGCUGAAGAGGAGGAAGAAGAAGAUGAAGAGGACGAAAGCAUAGACGACGCUGAGGAGAACUCAGAAAGCGACGGCCCAGAACAAGAUGGUGAUGAAGAGGAGGAGGAGGAGGAGGAGGAGGAGGAAGAGGAAGAAGAUAUCCCACUCUCUGACCUCUCCGAAGACGAACGCGAAGAUGUUAUCCCCCACCAACGCCUCACGAUCAACAACAGCUCCGCCCUCACAGCAUCUACAAAGCGCAUCUCAUUCAUCUCCCACCUAACGCCUUUCUCCGAACACAACUCAAUUGUUUCAAAAGAAAACAACGAGGUUCCGGAUGCCAACGACGACCUGAACCGUGAACUCGCAUUCUACAAGACCGCGCAGUCUGCCGCUCUACGUGCGAGGAAGUUACUCAAGAAAGAAGGUAUCUCGUUUACACGGCCUGGUGAUUAUUUUGCGGAGAUGGUCAAGACGGACGAACACAUGGGCAAGAUUAAAAAGAAGCUCUAUGAUGAAGCCGCUGGAAAGAAGGCCUCCGCGGACGCAAGGAAGCAGAGAGAUUUGAAGAAGUUUGGCAAGCAGGUGCAAGUCGCUAAGCUGCAACAGCGGGCCAAGGAGAAGAAGGAAUCAAUUGAAAAGGUCAAUUCCUUGAAGAAGAAGCGGAAGGCAGACACAUCCGGUGCCGACGGUGAGGGAGGCGAGCUCUUCGACGUCGCCGUCGAAGACGCAGUCCAAGAGACCCCUCGUAAGCGCGGGCGUAAUGAGACCGGCGGACCCUCGAUGAAGCGCCAAAAGAAGAACGAGAAAUUCGGCUUCGGUGGUAAAAAGCGACAUGCCAAGAGCGGUGAUGCCAUGUCUAGCGGAGAUCUUCGUGGCUAUUCGGUUAAGAAGAUGAAGGGUGGUGCAGGUGGCCCUAAGCGCCCAGGGAAGAGUAAGCGGGCUGCUACGAGGGGACGUUCUUGA